GUCACCUCCCACUUUCCACAUCCCCACCCCCCCGUCUCCUUCUGUUCUCCUCUAAGAUGCCUCCCGAGAGCAAAUCUCCCAUCGACAAGCUAAUGGGUGCGGGCGCCUCCAUGUUUCGCCGGGGAUUCAACUCCUCCAAAUGCAAGACGGAGGCGAAGCUGGCGAUGGCGAGGAUAAAGCUGCUGAGGAACAAGAGGGAGGUGCAGGUAAGGCAGAUGAGGCGCGACAUCGCCAUGCUUCUCCAGUCCCGCCAGGAGGACACCGCCAGGAUCCGGGUAGAACAUGUGAUUAGAGAACAAAACGUUAUGGCGGCCAAUGAGAUCAUUGAACUUUUCUGUGAGCUGAUUGUGGGGCGCCUUCCAAUCAUUGCAAAACAGAGGGAUUGUCCCGCAGAUUUAAAAGAAGGUAUUUCUAGUUUGAUAUAUGCUGCUCCGAGGUGCUCGGAAAUCCCAGAACUUAGCCGAAUUCGUGAUAUCUUUGAAAAGAAGUAUGGAAAGGAUUUUGUAUCUGCAGCAACAGAUCUACGACCUAACUCUGGUGUGAAUUGUAUGCUGAUCGAGAAACUAUCUGUUAGAAAACCUACUGGUGAAGUAAAGCUGAAAAUCAUGAAGGAAAUAGCAAAGGAAUAUCAGAUCAAAUGGGACGCAACAGAAUCUGAGACUGAACUUCUCAAGCCCCCAGAAGAACUUCUAGAAGGGCCUCGCUUGUUUGUUAGUGCCUCCAGCAUCCCUGCGAAGCCUACUCAUCCACCAAGCAAUGUGCAACUGAAUAAGCCUACUCAUCCACCAAGCAAUGUGCAGCUGAAUAAGCCUACUCUCAGGGAGGGUUCUAGUAUGCAGUUCAAGGAUACAGCUUCAGCUGCUCGAGCAGCUGCAGAGUCUGCAGAGAAAGCUGUUUCUGCUGCACAAGUUGCAGCAUACCUUGCCAAACGGAACUCUCAUCCAUCUGAUCAUAAAGCAGUUACUAUUGACACCAAUGCAGAUGGAGUGCAAACAAGAUCUUUAGAUUCUUCUGCUCAAUCCUCUGUGACAAAUGAUUCUUCAGUCAAUGAGUUCAAUUCAAGGAGCAUGAAUACUACCAAUUGGGAUGAUAAAAAGAUUCCUAGAAGGAACAGUUGCACUGUGCGGAAGGUGAAUUCAGAUAUAAGGUUUGAUGACUCAGAUGGAUUAGAAUCAGAAAUUGAUGAAGAAAUAGACUUGGAAACAUCAACAGAAACUCACCCUCCUCCUAAUCGCCCUCCUCCUACACUGCGUCGGCAUAGCGAUCACUUUGAAGAAAAAAAUCCUGCUGAUGAUAAAUCAAAUACAGGCACGGUCAACUCUAUUUUUCGAGUUCAUCCAAAGUUGCCCGACUAUGAAGAACUUGCUGCUCGCUUCGAAGCACUCAAACAGCGCAGGUCUUGAAAAUAUAUGUAGUUGAAGUAAAGCCUCUAAAGUUGCAUUAGAUGUAUCUACAUUUAUAUUUCUGAAGCACUCAAUAAACAAUUCUUGAGUACAUUUGCUUAAAAGCAAAGUCUAUAGUGGUGCCAUUUGCAUCUCUAUUUACAUAUUUUGUUAUGUAAGUUUUGGUCGGGAACAUAAUUAUGAAUGAAUUCAUUGGUGGUUAAUGAGUAAAGAUGGUCGUUCUCAU